AUGUCACGAAACACAGACGACAACAACGAAGGACUGAAUGCACUGAAGGAGGAGAUGAAUAAAAAGAUCAGAGAGCAGAAGAUUCUCGUUGACGAACUGUCCAAUCUGAAGAAAGGCAGGAGAGUUUACACCCAGCAGCGAAACAGCAACAUAUUUUUCCUGGCAGACAAGGGUCAGACUCUUAGCUCCUGUAAAAAGGAAAUGGAUGUAAUGAAGAAAGACUUGCAAGACAUCUAG